UGAAAAACUGAACACACACACAGGGGAAACGACAAAGGCUUUUUAACAUGGAGAGGAAAGUAGCUCGAGAAUUUCGCCAUAAGGUUGAGUUGCUGAUUGAUAAUGAGGCAGAAAAGGAUUACCUGUAUGAUGUUCUUCGCAUGUAUCAUAAGUCUAUGGAGCUGCCUAUUCUGGUGGGGGACUUGAAGCUGGUGAUUAAUGAACCGAACCGCCUACCCCUGUUUGAGGCCAUCCGUCCUCUUAUCCCUCUCAAACACCAGGUGGAGUAUGACAACCUUACACCAAAGCGAUCCAGGAAGCUGAAGGAAGUGCGUUUGGACCGCACUCACCCUGAAGGCUUGGGGCUGAGUGUACGAGGUGGCCUCGAGUUUGGAUGUGGACUAUUCAUCUCGCAGAUUGUAAAGGAUGGACAGGCUGGAAAUGUGGGCCUGCAGGUGGGAGAUGAGAUUGUACGCAUCAAUGGCUAUUCAAUUUCCUCAUGCAUCCAUGAAGAGGUUAUCAGCCUUAUCAAGACUAAGAAGACUGUGUCACUUAAAGUCAGAUAUGUGGGAAUGAUUCCAGUAAAGAGUUCCCCUGAUGAGCCACUAAAAUGGCAGUUUGUGGAUCAGUUUGUGUCUGAAUCAGGGCAAAAGAAGAGCAGUGUUGCUGGCCUGGCCUCCAUCAGAGGAAAGGAGAUUAAGGAGAAAAAAGUGUUCCUCAGCCUGGUUGGCACCAAAGGCAUGGGCAUCAGUAUCUCAAGUGGACCAACUCAAAAGCCAGGGAUCUACAUCAGCAAUGUAAAGCCUGGAUCUCUAUCUGCAGAAGUGGGUCUACAGGUUGGUGACCAGAUUGUCGAGGUCAAUGGGGUGGAGUUCACUAAUGUGGACCACAGGGAGGCAGUUCGAGUGUUGAAGAGCAGCAGGAGUCUAACUAUCACAGUCCUCACUGGAGCUGGCAGAGAGUUGUUCAUGACCGAUGAGGAGAAGCUGGCAGUAGAAGCUCGGCGAGAGAUUGAGCGCCAGGAGCUCAUGCAACAGAAGAGAGUGGCAAUGGAGACCAACAGAAUCAUCAAAGAGCAGCAGGAGAAAGAGCGCCUGAGGAAGAUGGAGAUUUCCCAAAAGGCUGCAGAGGAAGAGGAAAGAUACAGAAAAGAGAUGGAAAAGAUAGAGGCUGAAGAGAUAAAGCAUAAUAGACAAUGGGAGGAAGACUGGGGUUCCAAAGAGAAGUCCAAAAGUCCAUCUCCUGUCCCUUCUCCUUCACCUCCAUCACAUUCUCCACCUCCAUCGAAACCCAGGAGCUCAGUUGAUGAAGUUAACACUGAUGAAGAAGAAGAAGAAAAAGAAGAAGAGGGCAGAGAAGGCUUCCAGAAAUAUGUGGAUGACUUUGAUCCCUAUUCGAUGUUUACCCCUGAGCAGAUUGAAGGAAAAGAUGUGCGGCUGCUGAGAAUUAAGAAGGAGGGCCCAUUGGACCUCGCUGUGGAAGGGGGAAUCGACUCUCCACUGGGAAAACUUGUGGUUUCAGUCAUUCAUGAAGGAGGCUCAGCUGAUAAGCAUGGUGGAGUGGUGGCCGGUGAUGAGAUCAUGGCAGUAAAUGGAAAAAUCCUGACAGAUGUGACUCUGACUGAAGGACAGAACUCUCUAGCCCGGGCCUGGAACAGUGGAGGGGACUGGAUUGACCUUGUGAUAGCAGUUUCUCCACCAAAGGAAUAUGAAGAUGAAGUGACAUUCUUCUAAGAUCCAGCCUCCAGGGAGUUCUUCGGAAAUCCUUUCUCCUUUCCAGGCCCUUUACAAAUUAAUUGGGGAAUAAAACAUGUGUAUUCAUAACAUAAACCCGUGCUAAAUGCUUAUAAAGCUAAAAAUAUAUUAGUUAAGAAAUCAUGGCAUGAAACAUACUUGAUCUUGGUUUUUUUUUUCCCAUAACGAGUCACACAAACUCCAGAGCAUUUAUAAGACCAAUAAA